GCCGAAAAUCGAAUGGAUCCAUUAGGUAAGUUCUUCGCAAUUAAACGAAGCUCAUCGAAUGCUUUGUAUGGGGAAUCGAAGUGGAUCCAUCUGGAGGCCGGGAAUCGAAUUGAUCCAGCUAGGUAGAGGGAUUAAUUUUCCAGUGUUUGCCACGUCAUCUUGUUUUCUCUGCCACGUGGUUUCUCGCGCAUGCACAUAUAGCGAAGUUUUAAAGCCCUAAUAGAUUCUUGAGGUUUUGGCUAUGGCGAAGGGAUUCCUGGAAUGUAGGUACUGCUGAGGAUGCGCGCGUCUGCUGAGGGUGAUUCUAUCAACUGCUAGCUUUUCCUCUGAUCGUUCUCGCGGAGGAUGAGGAGAUCGGAGCUUUUUAAGCAUGUUUUUGCGGGUUACAGGGCUCGCCUGGCUUCAUCCGGCACUGGCGCUGGGAUUCUACGCACUGAGUCCACUAGCUGCGCUGCUCAAGAUGUUCUCGGGGGCCAGCUUUACAGGUUUCUCCCUUCCAGCAAUCCAGGAACGCUUGGGUUUCCGCGAGGAAUUAGUUCUUGCGCUACUGCAAAGCCCGAUUCGAGCAAAAGAUUGAUUUCCGCCGUGAGACUGGGCACCGCUCACAGCAGCAACCUUCCUCCUUUGUUUGGGAAUUCGUGGAGGAGGUCUGUGGCAAGUCUUCCUCCGGUUGGCUCUCUUCCCAAUCCCAUACGCUACAGCUUAUAUGGGUUGCUGCUGCUAACGUGCGCUGUUGGGACGUACUAUGGUACUCCGUGGUCUAGGACUCAAGAGGACGAGAGCAUCACCACCAAAGAAGAGGAGACCGUGACUAAUUGGAGUAACACUCACGAAGCUCAUCCGAGGUACUACCAUCACCCAGAGACCCUCUACGACUUGGAGAGGAUUGUGAAGCUCGGGCAUGUCACGACGAGGACCAUCAGGCCUACUGGAUCCGGCCUUUCGCCGAAUGGAUUGGGAUUCUCCAACGAAGGGAUGGUGAACAUGGCACUGAUGGACAAAGUCUUGGUUGUCGACACGACGAAGAAGCAGAUAACGGUACAGGCAGGAGCUAGGAUUGAUCAAGUGGUGGAGGCCUUGAAGCCUCACGGGUUGACUUUGGAAAACUACGCCUCUAUCAAGGAACAGCAAGUAGGAGGUUUUAUCCAGGUCGGAGCUCAUGGAACUGGAGCAGCCAUUCCUCCCGGCGACGAGCGGGUGGUAAAGAUGAAGGUUGUUACUCCUACCCGGGGGACGAUCGAGCUUUCCGAAGAGUCCGACCCGGAACUGUUUCAUCUCGCUCGCUGUGGUCUCGGCACAUUGGGAAUCGUAGCUGAAGUUACUCUUCAGUGUGUGCCUGCCCACAAGCUUGUGGAGCAAACUCUCGUCUCCAACAUGAAAGAAGUACGAAAGAAUCACAAGAAGUGGCUUCAGCAAAACAGGCACCUCAGAUAUAUGUGGAUUCCUUACACGGACGUGGUCGUCGUAAUCCAGAGUAAUCCUCUGCUUGAAGGCCAAGAACCUCCUACCGAGAAGGAGAAAGAUGACGCUGGCAAAAUAAAGUCGAUGAUGGACGUCUAUAACGAUAUGGUUCGAAAGCGCGGUCAGCCGGAAACGAAAAGUGAGAUGCCCCCAAAAGUUAAUGCUAUGGCUGGAAUAUGGAGUGGCACUGCUGCUGGAAGCAAAGGAUCUACCGGGACGGUAUACCAAGAGGCUAUGACUUUCCCGGCAAUGCGCGACAGAGUGCUGGCAUUUGCACCUCUUGAUCCCGAGCAUGUCAAGCGCGUCAACAAGGCCGAAGCAACCUACUGGAGACGAAAUACAGGUUAUCGCGUGGGCUGGAGCCACGAGAUCCUGAGCUUCGACUGUGGUGGCCAGCAGUGGGUGUCGGAGGUUUGCUUUCCCGCGGGAACAGUGGACGAGCCCGACAUGAGCGACAUCAAGUUUAUGGAGGAGCUGCUGGAGCUGAUCAGAAAAAGAAACAUUCCAGCGCCAGGGCCUAUCGAGCAGCGGUGGACUUCGAGUAGCAGAAGCUCCAUGUCGCCAGCGUCAGAUCCUUCUCCAGAUCGCUUGUUCUCCUGGGUUGGGAUCAUCAUGUACUUGCCGACUGAAGAUCCUGCGCAGAGGCAGGCGAUCACCGAGAGCUUCUUUGACUACCGUGGUGCUGUCCAAAAGAAUCUCUGGGAUCCGUAUGGAGCGUACGAGCACUGGGCAAAAGUCGAGAUUCGAGACAAGGAGGAAGCCGAGUGGUCUCGGGAGCGGCUCAAGAAGAGAUUCCCCGUGGAUUCUUUCGUCAAAGCUCAGAUUGAGAUCGAUCCCCGGGGAAUCUUUACCAACGAGCUUAUAGAGACACUCUUCCCGAAGUACCGCCAUGUCCAAACCCAGUAAGGAGAUUUGCUGACAGAGAAACAAAGAUGUGAUAAUAAGUAAUAGCUAGAAUUGUCAGAGUAUAAGUAUUGAACCUGCCUGAUCAUCGAUCGUCAAGACAAGAUCCAUCGCAGACAAGAGAAAACAAUCGAGAGUUUCAAAGCGAAACUUUUGUCGCUUGCUUUUUUGUUUGUAGAAGAAAAAGAAGUGUAAGUUCAUACAAGUUAAGCUGGUC